AGAGCGUGAGAGGUUUGUGAGGAGGGGACGAACUCCUCCAGCUCCUCGCUGGGUACGAGACGACAUGGACGAGCAUGUCAGACCCGCUGACUGUGGGGGGAACUGCGUCCCCCAGAGCGUGGUUGCCCCGUUCAAUCCGCUCAGCCAGUACCGAUCGCUGACGUCUGACUAUGACCUGUCGCAUCCUCCCGGGUGGGUGAGGAAGGACCUUGAGAAGCGACGGUCGGAGUCUCGUCCUCUUGCUCCAUCGCCGAUGCCGGCAAGUCACCCCCCCAUGGAGAAGCUGCCGCUGCGGAGAGGGCAUGCGCAUGCGGGAGACGGCCUUGUGGAGAAGAGCGAGCGCGAGGACGAGGAGCAGGACAAGAAGGCGGAGGAGGAUAUGAAGGAGCUUGAGAGGAUGGAGAGGGAGGAGGAGGGGAACCGGAGAAAGGAUGCGAAGAUGCGCCGGCUGGUCUUGAAGGACGUCAUGGAGAAGAACUCUCAGACGAAGGACGCGGCUCUGAUGAGGGUCCUGGCUCGGAUCGGGAGAGAGCAAUCGGAGACGAUGAAGCUCAACAACGCUUCCGGCAGGAAAUGAACAAGCUGGAUCCGUCGCGAGCGGCUGAAGGACACAUGGGUGGGGAACAGGAGCAGGCGCAGGAGGGAGGAGGAAGGGGAGGACAGCAAGGAGAAGA